GACGAAGCAGAAAACGGAAGUUAAAGGUAGCUAUGAAUGUCAAACUGUAGCAUGGUGGGUAACGCUUUUAAGUAACCUAAAACUAAAAUGUCGGGGUACAGUUUGUUGAGGAUAGUAGCGUUAACAAAAUGCAUCACAAACAACGCUACAACAGUGCUCUGCAGGACGAACGUGUUAAACAGAAUACAGACAUGUGGAUAUGCCAAGAAAGUUGCGGCCAAAGGAAAAGGUAAAGGCAUGGUGAAGGAGGAACUGAAAGGCCCAGAAGUGUGUAAAGACCCAGUAAGACUAACUUCUUAUGCAGUAGGGGCCAACAUCUUCAAGCAAGGAGAGGACCCUAAACUGAAGCCUCCUGAGGAAUAUCCAGAGUGGUUGUUCCAGUUGAACCUUGGACCACCCAAAAAGCUGCAGGAGCUGGAACCAGACACCUGGGAAUACUGGAAGCGUCUCAGGAAGGAAAAUAUUCUGCGUUUCAACAGACUACAUAAAGGGAAGAAGUUAUGAGUAUUCACUGGACUGACAGUGGGCAGCUCUCCUCCUUUACAGCAAUUUGACAUGGAACAUUAACAUGUUCAUGUCAUGUUCCAUGUCAAGUUUCUGAAAUCUCACCAAUAAGGUGCAUUUUGUAGCUCAUAUGACACAGCUGAAAGCUCCAGUACAGCUACUAAAUAGACCUUGUGGUGAGAGUUUUUUCCAAGGUCAGAGACAGUAGUGUUUACUGUAUUUGAUGCAAGGCUACUGCAUUGGAUUCAGUUCAUUUGUACAAUGGUAAUGGCCUGAUGAUAUUUCCACUUCCAUUACUUUCACAGUCACUUUGUUUUUGCAGACUUAUUAUAAAUAAAAAUCAAUAAAUAUC